UCAAACAAUAUGGUAGCUCCCAGACUGUGUCAUGCUGGUUACAGUAAGACGGUCUGUUUGGCGCAAAGUUGAUUUUUUAUUUUUAUUUUCAGUAAGAUUAACCACAGUUAAUUCAGGAAGAUUAUGGGUAUGUUUUAGCCCGUGAAGACAUCAUUGGGUGAGGAGUGAACCAUGUUGGCAUCAGUGGUUGUCAGCAUGACAGCAGCCUCCAGAGGGAAGGUCAGGUCUCUGGUGUCCCUGUGCAGGAGACUGUCCAGCAGCCAGCGCGGCUCCACGGAUACAGCUGACCGUCCACCGUCUGAAGCCUCCGCUCCUCUCCCGGGCGGCGAGACGCCCGAGGCGCAGGAACUGAGGUUGAGACGCCGAAAGAACCCCAGCGGCUGCUCCGUGUUCCUCUUCCCCGGGCAGGGCAGCCAGUUUGUGGGCAUGGGUAGAGGACUUUUGAAGUACCCUAAUGUUAAGGAGAUGUUUACGGUGUCCCACAAGAUCCUCGGGUACGACCUGCUGGCUCUGUGCCUGGAGGGACCCGAGGAGGAGCUGAUGAAGACGGUCCACUGUCAACCGGCGGUGUUCGUCACCUCACUGGCUGCGGUGGAGAGGCUCAGCUGCGAAAACCCAAAGGCCAUUGAGACGUGUGUUGCCGCUGCAGGUUUCAGCGUUGGAGAAUUUGCUGCUCUGGUCUUUUCUGGUGCCAUGAACUUUGCAGAAGCCCUGUAUGCGGUGAAGGUUCGUGCAGAGGCCAUGCAGAAAGCGUCAGAGCUGGUUCCCAGUGGGAUGCUGUCAGUCAUCGGUAAACGUCAGGCUCAGUAUAAAUAUGCUUGUCUGCAAGCUAAGGAGCACUGCAAGAGCCAGGGGGUUGAGGAGCCAGUGUGCUCUGUGGCCAACUAUCUGUUCCCUGAUGGCAGGGUCAUCGCAGGACACCAACAGGCUCUGGAUUUCCUCCAGCAGAACUCGAGACGUUUGGAGUUCAUGAGGACCAAACCUCUCCCGGUCAGUGGAGCUUUUCACACUGAGCUGAUGGCGUCGGCUACUGAACCCCUCAGAGAGGUUCUCAGACAGGUGGAGAUACGGCGUCCUGAGAUCAACGUGUACUCCAACGUUGAUGGCAAACGCUACAUGAAUGAGAGCCACGUGCGCAGACAGCUGGUAAAGCAGCUGGUGUCGCCUGUGAAGUGGGAGCAGACUCUGCACGAGAUCUACGAGAGGACGCAGGGGGAGAACUUCCCUUACACCUACGAGGUUGGUCCGGGAAAGCAGCUCGGCGCCACACUUCAGAAGUGCAACGCCAAGGCCUUCAGGAAAUACACACAAGUGCAGGUCACUACUUAUGAUGACUGAUAAUGCAGAGACGUGGACUCUGAUUAAAAACAACCAAGCAAGAGUAGGAAGAAUGUGCCUGAGUGGUUAUUUUAUCUCAGACAUCUUGACUAUCCAGUUACACCUGCAAGUUCCUGUGGUUGUUUCUUAAGGUCUUGUUUGUGUGUUAUUGUGUAAUUAAAUGAAUAAUUUUUUAUUAAUGA